GAUGCAAGAUCAUUUUCUUUUACGAGUAAUGAAUUUAGAAUAAGCACUAAAAUAAGAAUGGGAUUCUUCUUAUUGGAUUUGGGGUUUAUUGAUAUUCUUAUGUUUAAUGGGUUAAGUACUUUGUGUUUACAUGCUUGCUAAACCUGACACACCAAAGGAAGAUUCUGAUUAUCAUAUUUAGGAAUAAACACCAUAAAUAGAUAAUGAAAAUUAACCUGAAUAAGAAAAGCUUUUGCAGACUAAUGAUUAAUAAUAAUGAAAA